AAAUCUAUGAAUUCUAUAAUCCCUAUUAAAAACAAAAGCCAUUUUGUGGUGUCUGCAUUCAUUGAUCACAGGCUCAAUAAAGCUAUUCGAGUUAUCAUCAUAAUCAAAAGAAACAGUACACAGCCACGUUAUUGCAUUUACUGCAACAAUAGCCAAGAUUGCGAGUUUACUGCUGCUGAAAUUGAGAUACAUACAGAUCAUUUUGGCUUCCCAUUUGGUGCUUCAGAAGUAAACACACCCAGUGUGCAACCCAUGUCACCAUUUCAGCUGAUGAACACUAAGACAUUAGACAUAGACUUCCUGCCAGUAAAGAAAAGAGUGAAUGAAUACUCAUUCAAGUACAACUUCACCAUCUGUAUAUCCAACCUUUUUGGGAACUACAAUAAUGUUCUGCAGUUUGCUCAAACCAUGGAGAUGUACAAGCUUCUUGGUGUACAACGAGUGGUAAUCUACAACACCAGCUGGGACUUGGAGAAGCUCCUACAGCACUAUGAAUUUCUAAAGAUUGUGCCAUGGCCCAGUGACCAGUUCCUUAAGUCAUCUGCAGGAUGGAUUAUUAAAAUUCAUAAAGGUGACAUCCAGUACUAUGGUCAACUGGUAAUACACAAUGAGUGCAUUUACAAACACAUGUAUCAGUCCAAAUAUGUCCUGUUAAAUGACAUUGAUGAGAUCAUCAUGCCUUAUAAGUAUGCUAACCUUGCAUUAUUGAUGAAGGCUCUGCAAGAGGAACAUAAAGAGGUGACUGUAUUUCUCAUAGAGAACCACAUUUUCCCCAAGACAUAGUUGGAAGAAAGUGGUACGUUUUGCUGGACAGAAUGGAAAAGUAUUCCUGGUAUCAAAAUUAUGUAACACAUUUACAGAGAACCAGAGUGAAAGAACAUCUACAACCCCACAAAGAUGAUCAACUCUAGGAAUGUGAUAUAAACCUCUGUGCAUUCUAGCCUGAAACACAUUGGACAGGUCUAAAAAGUUCCUUUUGACAUGUCUCAGAUUGUUCGUGUGAGAAUACCAUUACAGGGAAGUCUUACCAAAGAGCAGUUAUUUGUUGACAAACGAGUGUGGGACUUUGAGCAAGAACUGAUACCAAAUGUGAAUAGAGCCCUACAGUUAUGUGGUUUAUUGAAAAGUCAAGAAUAA